UCACGUUCCAGACACAAGAUGCCUUCCGCGCGUCCUCGCUGCUCUGUCUCUACAGCGGCCGUUGAAAAGCCCCCGGAGGACGGCGGCUACACCGUGUAGGAGGAGUCACCGGCGUGUUUCCGCUAACCGGAGCAGAGAGGUAACACGGUAAUCUAUGCCGCCGUGCUGACAAUUACAGGAUAUCGGCGGGACAGUUGUCGGCGAUUGCGGGACAGUAGAGUAAAAACGAUCGGAUCGGCGGGGAGCUGCGGGGGUCAGUAUCUGCGGAGGAAGAGGAAGGAGUGGCAGCUGGACUGUCAGCGAUGGAAGCCGAGUUUCGGGAAAUCGAUGAAAACGGGAGUUGGAGCGCCAUUUAUCAGGAGAUUCGCCAGCAGUCAUGUGAACUCCCUUGCAAGGUUGCCAAAUUACCUGAAAACAAGAAUCGGAAUCGUUACAGAGAUGUCAGCCCGUUUGACCACAGCAGAAUAUGUCUGCAGCAGGGUACGAAUGACUACAUUAACGCCAGCCUCAUAACAGCAGAAGAGGCUCAGAGGAACUAUAUCCUCACUCAGGGACCCCUUCCACAUACAUGCGGACACUUUUGGGAGAUGGUGUGGGAGCAGAGGACCCGCGGUGUAGUGAUGCUGAACCGAGUCAUAGAGAAAGGAUCUGUUAAAUGUGCCCAAUAUUGGCCACAUAGAGAAGAGAGAGAUGUCAUCUUUGAAGAUACCAAUUUCAAGCUCACCUUUGUCUCAGAAGACAUCAAGUCUUACUACACAGUCCGUCAGCUGGAGUUGGAGAAUCUGUCUACACAUGAGACUCGUGAGAUUCUACAUUUUCACUACACCACCUGGCCUGACUUUGGGGUACCAGAGUCCCCCGCCUCUUUCCUUAACUUCCUGUUCAAAGUGCGGGAGUCGGGCUGCCUGAAUUCGGACCAGGGACCGGUGGUGGUGCAUUGCAGUGCCGGCAUCGGACGCUCUGGGACCUUUUGUCUUGUGGACACCUGCCUCUUAUUGAUGUCGAUCCGUAAGGACCCGUCUUCAGUGCGCAUUCGUGACGUGCUGCUUGAGAUGCGACGCUACCGAAUGGGCUUGAUUCAGACAGCAGAUCAACUCCGUUUCUCCUACCUUGCUGUCAUUGAAGGUGCCAAGUACAUUAAAGGAGAUACAUCUCUGCAGGAGUCGUGGAAAGAGCUCUCAAACGAGGAGGAUGAUCCCCCAGAGUUCACUCCUCCGCCUCCUCGUCCUCCUCCCAGAGACCCUCACAAUGGCAGAGUUCAGCCAUCCUUUUUUCCCGAAAAUGAUGAGAUCAUCCAACAAAUGGAGACCCGCAGUCUGGGGUCCUCACAAGAGUCUGAGCUGCGUAGAAGGAACAUUGCUGCCCCCCAGCUUCCUGCUGAAGGUGCUGAGCUGCUCGAUGGCCACAUGGGAAUCGGAGAUCAUUCCUCCAAAGCUCCGCCCGUAUCCCAGCAGCAGCAGGAGACGGGGGAGGUGCCAGAGCCGACGCAGCAGCCAAAUGAAAGCUCUCCUGUGCCGGGGACUUGGUCCCCUCUACUAACCAACGUGUGCCUGUGCACGGCCCUGGCUCUCAGUGCUUACGUCUGUUAUCGAGCCUGUUUCCACUGAUGUCUAUCCUUCCUCCUCCUUUUUGUUCCUCUGUCUCUCCACUGACGUUGCAAAGUGGACAAGGCUGCCCAAACAGCCUGCUUUGACUCUGAGUUUACUCUGCGAGUGAGUGGAUUAUUUGGACUUCAGCAGAUUCAGGUUCACUCGUUUAUUUUACAAAUGCAGUGCAAAGAAGUUUUGGGAAUAACAGGCUGCCAGUCUUCAUAACUCACCCAAAUGUUCUUUGAAUAAUUCAUCAUGGAUGCUCAGGGCCUCAGUUUUUCAGGUGUCACAUCGCAAAUGCGUGUCCCGGCCUAAACACAGACUCCACAGACGACACGUCUGUCGAGGAAAAGGGUUUUGUUUUAGCUCCCUUGUUCUGUGAACCAGGCUGAACACCCUGUCAGCUCAUUUUACACGUGUCUCCUCUCUUAUUUACCAAAUGACACUCGUAUGUGUUCUUCCAUUUCAUCCUUUAUGAAGGUGUUAGGAUUUUCUCUUUCUUUUGGUUUCACAAACGGUCAGAAAUCAGAGCCAGAUUUUUGACUUGUUUGAAAACAUGCCGAUAAGGGAGACACUUUUAUAAAACGUAAUGGGUCAAUAUUAAACCCAAUAGUAAAGUGAAGUAUGUAAGAGGGAAACAACCCCAUGCCCACUAGAUAAGAGAUGCAUGCUGGGAUGGGCAUUGAAUUAUCUGUCCUCACUGGUGGCCUGUGUAGGGCUGCAGGAGGCACGCUAGUUGAGUACAUACAGUAUGUGUGUGUGUUAGUGUGUAUUUACACGAGUGGUAGUUAGUGGAGUUUUCUACUGAUGCUCGAGUUAAAUCUACUCAGUGAGAAAUUAUUAAUAUAACAUUUACAGAACAAUGUGAGCUGUAGACUGAGUUGCCGUCUGGUGACUGAUUCCCUCUGCGUUCUCUCUCCCCGGUGGCUCUGCGGGGGCUAAGUGAGGUUCCCCGACGUGGGAUCAAUGAAGUUUAUGUUAUCGUCACAGUGACACAGAAAUGUCUUUGGAAACAAAAUGGUGCAGAGACAGGGUGGCAUGUCUCAUUCUCCAUUCACCUGGCAUUCUCAAAUUUACUUUUGUGUUUGCUUUAAAGGGAUAGUGUAGAUUUCUUUUUUAAGUGGGGUUGUGUGAGGUACGUACCCAUGCACAGUUUAUUACAUACAGUAGACGUCUGUUGACACGCCCCCAGUUUGGAGAAGCAGGCAGGAGUCCGACAGGGAAGCCAAGCAAGAUACUGCUGUGGAGGGGUCUGCAACAAAAUGUAUU